GUGAUUGUUGGUCACCUUGUGGGGACUUUUCUUCCGCCAGAUUAAAACUAGAUCAAACAACAUGAGACACAAACACCAAAAUGUGCAUAGUGUAACUAUAUGUAUUUUAUAAACAAAAACAACCAAUAAAGUGUCUGCUGGUGGGUGUAUGCCUUGGAUCUGAUCUGAAUGGUUAAGGACGGGCAGCACAAGCAUCUUUUGUGUGGAGAUGUUUGUAGUGGGAUCUGGAACCAAAAAUGAACUGGGCGUCUUUUUAUGCCGUGAUCAGCGGCGUGAACCGGCAUUCUACCGGCAUUGGGCGGAUUUGGCUGUCUGUCCUCUUCAUUUUCCGGAUCCUGGUUCUGGUGGUGGCGGCGGAGAGCGUGUGGGGCGAUGAGAAAGCACACUUCAUCUGCAACACCCAGCAGCCCGGCUGCAACAGUGUCUGCUAUGACCAUUUCUUCCCCAUCUCUCACAUCCGACUGUGGGCGCUGCAGCUCAUCAUGGUCUCUACCCCCGCCCUGCUGGUUACCAUGCACAUUGCACAUCGUCGGCAUAUCGACAAGAAGUUGUAUCGGCAAGCUGGCCGCACCAGUCCAAAAGACUUAGAGCAGAUAAAAAACCAAAAGAUGAAGAUUACUGGCGCCCUUUGGUGGACAUAUAUGAUCAGUCUGCUGUUCCGUGUGUUAUUCGAAUCUGCCUUUAUGUAUCUGUUCUACAUGAUUUACCCAGGAUACAAGAUGUUCCGGCUGGUAAAGUGUGACUCGUACCCGUGCCCAAACAUAGUCGACUGCUUUGUGUCCCGACCAACAGAGAAAACAGUGUUCACUAUAUUCAUGCUUGCUGUGUCCGGCAUCUGCAUCCUGCUCAACAUCGCAGAAAUCGUCUUUCUUGUGGCAAGGGCAACAAGUCGUCAUCUCAAUAACUCCAAGGAUUCCCCAGUGGGGGCCUGGAUCUCUCAGAAACUGUGCUCCUUUUAGAAGCGCUGGUCCUCUCACUCUCCGAAACCUACAUAGGCUAUUUCACAAAAACACUUAAUGUUAAUGAGGGCUAAAGUCAUUGAUCGUGUUUUUUAAAUUUUAUAACUCAGAACACUUUUUAAAAUGUGUAGGCCUACAUAAUAUUACUCCACACAAUUUUAGAGCAAUAUUGAAAUAAAUUCACACUGCUGUAUGAAAUGAUAUACUCAUAUUGUCCCUAAAAACAAUGCAAUAAAAAUGUUAUAUUUGAUGAAAAAGAUUAGAUUUAACACAUUUUGUUUUGCAAAUGGCAACAAAAAUGAGUUUGUAAGAAAGAUGUUCCAAUUUAUUCAUCAGCUGUACUUUAUCUUGUAGAUCAGGGGGCCUCGCCAAACUGGGUUCCAAAAAACAUUUAAAUGUACUUAUAUUAACAUAAUCUUAAUUGAAAAUGCUAAAAAACUAAAAAAUAAAGAUGUACAACAUUAA